AUGACUCCACCGAUGACCGUCAUUGUUCAACCUCAACCAAGCAGUUCAUCCAGAUCAAGUAAAGUGAUUGAGCAGUUGGUCAACAAGUAUGAGCUCAUCCAAAAAGACUUGGCUGCAACAAAAGCACAGCUCGAAAUCAUCCGUCAGAAUAAAUUAAAGCAUGAAAAAGACACGCUUAAUUAUACAAACUCCAACAAAGUGUGUCGAAACCGCAUCAAAGAGAUUAUGCAAGUACUCGAAUCAAAGCAGAAAGCGUUAGAAGGGACAAAAGGAUCAUCCUCACAGCUCGAGCUUAAAGUGAAACAAUUGAAAGAUGAAGCAUUGGCAUCAAGACGGCAGCUGGAGGAUCUAAGAAGAAAAGAACAAGUGCUUGAACAUGACCGAGACACUUCAGUCAAAAAGAAGAACCAGAUCAAAUACAAGCAGCAUGUGCUACAGGACUCCAUUGAUCAGCUCUGUGUUCGCUGUAACAGAGAAGUAGCUCUAUUACAGAAAGAUCAUUCCAUCCUGGUUGACCAAGCACGCUACAUUACUGAGAGAAACGAACAUAUGGUUGAAUUAAUUAGCUUGAAAUUAAAGCAACGUCGUCAACACAUUGAACACUUGGCAUUGAUGAAGAGACAACUUAGGUCGAAUACGGAAGCAUUUAUGCAAGAUGUAAGAAAUCAUCUGCAGGCUUUGAAAGUGGAGAUAGACGACUCUGCAUUGCAUACCAAAGACUGCGCGGUGGCUGAAAUCCAAUGUCGAGGUGAAGUCAAUGGCCUGGUUACAAGAAUCAAGACAAUUGCUGCUGAGAUAACUGCUUCUGAAGAGCAACAACAACAACAACAACAACAACAACGAUAA